UGUCCCUCGCGGCGCGCCGUCGGCGCCGGAGAGCGCCUGCGCGGGGCCGGCGCGGGAGGGCCGGUAUGGCGUUCCGGCAGGUGCUGCAGUUGGCCGCCUGCGGCCUGGCGGGCGGCUCGGCCGCUGUGCUGUUUUCGGCUGUUGCGGUGGGAAAGCCUCGCGCGGGCGGGGACGCGGAGCCGCGCGUGGUCGAGCCGCCAGCGUGGGCAGGGGCCGCGCGCCCCGGGCCCGGCGUCUGGGACCCCAACUGGGACAGGCGAGAACCACUGUCCCUGGUCAACCUGCGGAAGAGGAACCUGGAAUCUGGAGAAGAGGAACUGGCCUCCAGGCUGGACCACUACAAAGCCAAGGCCACGCGGCACAUCUUCCUCAUCAGGCACUCCCAGUACCAUGUGGACGCCUCCCUGGAAAAGGACCGCACUCUGACACCCCUGGGUCGUGAACAGGCUGAACUAACUGGUCUCCGACUUGCAAGCUUGGGGUUGAAGUUUAAUAAAAUCGUGCAUUCUUCCAUGACCCGCGCAAUAGAAACCACUGACAUCAUCAGCAAACACCUGCCAGGCGUCCGCAAGGUCAGCACAGACCUGCUGAGGGAAGGUGCCCCCAUUGAGCCCGACCCGCCCGUGUCUCACUGGAAGCCUGAGGCUGUGCAGUAUUAUGAAGAUGGAGCCCGGAUCGAGGCCGCCUUCCGGAACUACAUCCACCGGGCAGAUGCCAAGCAGCAGGAGGACAGUUACGAGAUCUUCAUCUGCCAUGCCAACGUCAUCCGCUACAUCGUGUGCCGGGCGCUGCAGUUCCCUCCAGAAGGCUGGCUCCGCCUUUCCCUCAACAACGGCAGCAUUACCCACCUGGUGGUCCGGCCUGAUGGCCGAGUGGCACUCAGGACCCUCGGAGACACGGGAUUCAUGCCUCCUGACAAGAUCUCCCGCUCCUGAGGGCCGCUUUGAGGCCCUACUCUCCUCAGCCCCCUGCCCGGCUGCAGCGUGGGUGCCGCCAAGAACAUGGGCUCCUUCCCUCUGUCUUCCCUCCACAGGCUACUAUUCAUUUCUCCAGGACGAGAUGGCAGAAAAGUAGAAGUAUCUAAAAUGCAGCAUUUCAGUACUUCUGGCCCAGGAUGGAAAAGGGAAACAUUCAGAUCCGAUUAGCCUGAUUUCUUUCACAUGGUUUUCUGCCUUACUCUCGUCUACCAGGACGAGCCUGUGGGGUUUAAGGAGGCCUGUUUUGGGGACGGGACAAGGCCUCACAGAUGCCGUCACUGCAAGGACCAUGGCAGAUCCGCACCGAAGGGUCUCUGGUCAUGGCCA